AUGCCUGCUCAGCGACGACUUCGCAAGGCUCCGAUCGAAUGCGCUCCCUGCACCGAGGGCCAGAUGGAGUGCUCCAAGGCGCGUCCGCAGUGCGACGAAUGCAAGUCACAGCGCAUCUCAUGUCGCUAUCGUGACCAGAAGCAAAGCCCCUACAGGCCCAAGCCUGCUGCUCCCUUCGACUCCCCCCUCCACUCCUCCCCGUCCCCUCCCUCCAUCCACCACCGCCAGUCCAACGCCAGUUCCACCUCCUCCCAGUCCACCCAGUCCAGCUCGUCCUCCGGCUUCAAAAGUGAUGCGCGCGCUGAUACGCCAGAGACGUGUCACGUCGAGGAACCAAGGCUGGGCGAGAUGCGGCUGUCGGACAACUGGCGCUCCUCGACGGAGCGAACCCUGACGCACAGCAAGAGCAAGGACCAGUCAUGGCAGGCCAUCAUCCAACGCGAGUCGCGCGGUUGCCCGGCUCUACACCAUAGCACUCUCGCCCUCUCUGCGAUGCAACUUGCGAUCGCCAACGAGGCUGGAUCAGCCCAACGAAGGGAUCAUUUCGACGACGCGGAUAGGCACUAUUCCCAGGCCGUCGACCAGUUUCCCAGGAUGGACGAAUCGCUUUCGCAAUCCAGGUCCGAUGCGGCAUUCUCAACAGCCAGCAUCCUGUUCAUGUGCACUCUGGCCUCUGCUUCGCUGGCCGAAGACGGGUUCCGCCUGAGUGCGCAUCAGAGAAACAACCACGGAUCCUUGACUCCGUCUGCAUCUCCGUCCCUUGAGAAGCUGCUCAACAUGUUCAGCUGUGUGCGGAGAUUAUCCUCGAGCACAGAAAUGAUCGAGAUUGUCGAAAAGGGCGAGCUCAAUGGCCUCUUCACCCGCAGCGACCCCUACCACCAGCUGCCGGCCACGUACACCCUGACCAUCCUCUCCAUGCGCAACCUCAACAACGCCACUGCGAAGAAGGAUUCUUCGCAUGAGACCGCGGUCUAUGAUGACGCCAUCACCAAGCUCGACCGAUCCUUGGAGAUGCUCAGCAAAGGGGGCGAACCGACCAUGAUCGCCCUCCGGUGGCUCUUCCGCCUCCCCUCUCGAUACCUGGAGCUUGUCCGCGAGAAGCGCCCAUUGGCUCUGAUCAUCUUUGCCCAUUACUGUGCGGUGCUGCACCACCUCCGAGACCGAUGGUGGAUGGGCGACUGGGGCAGUCGGCUGGUCAAGGAGAUCUCGCAGCUCCUGGGUCCCGAGCGCCUGGGGUCGAUCCUCUGGGCGUCGGAUAUCGUUGGCAUCCAAACGUGA